AUGGAUUCAAAAAAACCCCUCAAUUUCCAUAAUCCAAUCCCUAAUCCAAACCAUGUCGCACUGUGGGAUUGCGGCAGCUCUCUCUACGACUCGUUCGAGUUGAAGGCCUUCGAGAGGCACUUCGGCUCCGCCAUCAAUUCUAGAAGCAUGUCCAUGCCGCACUUAUCCGAUCGCUGCUCUCAGCCGGCGGCGGCGAAGAAAUCGGCAUCGAAGAUGAUUUCUAGGUCGCUGCAGAGGCUGAUCCGGUCGGUUUUCGGAAUUAGGAGUAAUAGUCGUAGCAAGGCGGGCUCGGGAGAAGGAUUUUUCGUCGUUUAUGAUAAGUCGGCGGCGCUAUCGACGAUUCCGGAGGCGCCGGAGUUUGACGGGGUGUCGCCGGAGAUUAGGUCGCUUGUGAGGAGGACGGCGUCGGACAGGUUUAGUGCUGCCACGUCGGUUGGUAUUUCUUGUGCUUGA